AAUGCAUAAAUUAUAAUAUUCAAACAAAAACACUUAAAUAAUUCAAAUUUUUAACCAAAUCUCAAAAUAAUUAAAAUCAAUUAGGAAAUAGGAGGCACACGUUUUAGAUAAACAACUACAUCAAUAAUGACUACACAUGAACACCUGCUCGAAAAUGUAUUACAAUCUACAGAAAAAUUUAACUGCGGCUCAACAAUUAUUACAUUAUUACCUUCAAUUUUUUUUUUUUAUUACUUCUGGCGUUUAUCUGAAACAUAUAUAAUAGCAUACAUGAAUCCAAUUCAAAGACCACGCCGUCUGCACAGAGUCCCAAAAAAUACAUGGUGGAAAUUCUGGCUGAAGAAAAUACUUACUUCAAUGCUAGUAUGGAGUGGUAGUCAAUGUUGGACAGAUGGAUUAGUACCUGUACUUAAAGCUUACACGUUAGUUUUUCUUACAAUGUUAAACAAUUGCUUGGAACCACACAAUAAAAUUAACCAAACUUCUCUAGAAUUACUGGAAUGCAUUUGUAAUUUAAGCAUUUGUUAUUCUAUUGUGGCUUUCAUACGCUGGUGUUACAUUUAUGUUGAUAAUAACUAUCAAUACACAAGAAGGAGAUCGAGAACACGUCGAAUAUACAACUGGCGUACACUUAUUCCUGGGAGAGAAACAAGCGAACUGGGAGAAGAUGGUUAUUUAUUAAUGCAAACUAUUAUACCUACAGAACCUCAACAACCUACGGAGUUGGUAGAAAAAAAUAAACCAAAAAAAUUGAAACUUACUCAAAGCUGUCAAUUGUCUACAAAAUAUACACCAAUUAUUCCAAAAGUAAUUGUGAGACGUAAAUCCAUAUAAAUUUUAAAUCAAAUUGUUUGAGCAAAAUACUUAUUUCAAUGAUAAUUUAAUACAUAUAAACAAAGUAUUAUUAUAACAAUUAUUUAAAUUAUAA